AGAAUUAUACUAUACAACAAAUAUUUUACGUCACAGUAUAAAGUAAAGCAUAUGAAAUUAUCAUCUGUGUUCAAAUUUCCUUGAGACGUAUAUAAUAUAGUAACAUUCUUUUGAAAACUAGAAAAUAUUAAAAAAGUAAUACAAAUAUGUUGUAACUGCUCAAGGUGUUAUUUGUCCUAUUUUAAAAUUUUAUUCCCGUCAGUUAACUUGCGCGAAAAGAAUACUAUCGAUUUUAUCGUAAAGACAAUAAACCGAGAAAUCAGGGUUAAUUUUAGAUCAUAGAAAUGACACUGAUCGAAGGUGUUGGAGAUGAAGUGACAGAUUUUUUUAUUGUUGUGGUUGUGCUAUUAGUAGGAUGGCUUGCUUGGUAUUCUACAAGUAUUACAGAUCAACCAUUAAUACGCACAGUACUUGUAAUACAUCGAACACGCACACGUCUUGCUGAACUCAGAGCUAAUCAUCAAAAUGCAAGUUCAUUUACACGACCUCCAAAUUUGGAGAUUACAGAAGAAGAAACAAUAGAACCGAUCACAGAUGAUAAUAAUGGCAAUUUACAAAGUUGUCCUGAACCUUCUAUUGCAGAUACAAAUGAAGAAAUUUCUUCUGACACACAUAGAACAUCUGAAGCAACAGCUACAGAAGAAGUACUUAUUGAAGCUAUGGAUUCAUUUAAUAAUGAUAGUGCAACAAAGUUGCAAAAGCAAACCAAGAUAAACCCUCCAAAAGAGACAACUAUAUCUACAUCAACAUGUAAUGAACCUAUAGAACAUAAAACUGAAAAUCUUUCAGAAAUUGAUGUUAAUGAAAUUAGCAUAAAACUUAAGUUUAUAAAUGAUGAUCAAAAAAUGGUUACUGGUAGCUUGAAAGAAUUACUUGGAGAUUUUAAAAGGAGGCAUUUUCAAACGGAGCUUGAUGCACAAAAAUUAGUACGUUUAGUUUUUAAUGGUCGAGUACUGCAGCCUGAUAGUCAAACAUUGGAGAAAUGUGGUCUCUAUAACAAUUGUGUAGUUCAUUGUUUGGUUCAUCAACCACGACCAAAUCCAUCUCAGACAUCAACAUCAACAUUAGAUAAUUCGUCGCCGAUUUAUUUUAAUCCUCAAUCAUUUUCUGAUAUUCCUGUUAGCACAGGAAUUAGUUCAGUACAUAACGAAUGGGAUUUGAGUAGACCAUUAGUGAUUAUUUUAACUGUCAUGUUAGCUUUCGCUUGGUACUCUCGAUACCAUUAUGCUCAAUUUUUUACCGCAAGUACUACGCUCGCGUUGUAUGCGCUCACUGCAAUUUUCGCAAUGUCAGUAGCUUUAAUAUUAUGUCAUUAGUUAGUAAUUUCUUUCUUAAUCAAGACAACAAAAAUAUCGCGUGAAUUUACAAAAAAUAAAAAUUUAGACAUUAUUUUUGGAACAUGAUUUUAUAAAGAUAAAUAUGUGUUUUUAAUGUAACAUUAUUUAAACACAUUGGUUGUUGACAUAAAGAAGAAUAUGAAGUUAUUGUAAUUUUUAUCAACAUAUAAAAGAAUUCAAUUCUUUUAUAUAAUAAACAAAUAAGAGGUGACGUAUACUUAGAUAAUAUUGUUGCAUUUCAAAUUUUAAAUCAAUUUUUGUGCAUUAAGUUCAAAAUCUUUAUUUAU